GAUUUAACCUGGGUUAUUUAACCCGGGGGCAAGUUAGCAAAACUCGAUUUUAUGUGUAGCAUAAUUAAAGCCGGAAGAUUAUUCAAUGAAUAUUUAUCAAAAUUAAUAGAAGCUUUGGAAUUACCGGAGCAUGACUUCCACAGAAAUUCCGUAAUUCAAACUGAAUUAGAUAAUUUCGCUAAUGAACCAGAUCUUAAAGUAAAUGUUGGUGAUAAUUUAAAUAUAAUUAGCGAUAAAAUUUUAUCUAAAAGAUCAAGUCAAGUAUGUAGUAUUUCUCCGACAGAAAUUGAUGGGGAAUUUUUCAAAACGACAAUACGAUCUUUAAACAAUAAGGUUGUCGCGGGAAAAUAACUAAAACACCUUACUAACAAUAAUAGUUUUUUAUGUAUCGAGAAAGAGAUUUAUCUUUACCAUGAACAUCAAUUGAAUAAUCAUGACUAUAUAAUUAAAUUUCAUGGUUAUUCAG